AAAAAUAAAAAAUAAUUGAACGUAGCGUACGCAACGAUAAGAAUUUUCUGAAGAAUUUUGAAGUGAGUACAAUAUACGAUAUUGACAUAUUGUACAUGUGAUAAAAUUCCAAUAGUUUCAUGUCUAAUAUGUUAUAUUUUGCAGCUUUUUUCUAAAAUAAUACUUUCGAAAUAUAUUUAAAUUGCCGGACGCAAUUUGACGAUAUACCGUAAUUCUAUCUCGAGAUACAACGAAGAAUUCGUAAGGUUAUUCGCAUUACAUACGUGUAUACUUCGCAAGAUCAAGCAAAACGGUGUAGACUCGAAGGUAAAAAUAUGAAGAAGCGACGGCCGUGGGCAAGAAACUAUUCCACUCCACAAAGACAUUCCUGUACGUAUGAACGUUUACAGACCAGGGAAAAAAGAAUCUUUAACUUAAAAAGACGAGGUUCAAGAUGGAGUAACCCUAAACUUCAAGAAAACAAUGGACAAUUUGACAAUGAUUCACGCUUGAAGAAAGACGCGUUUGGCUCACUGGAAUCUCUUUUUGAUAUAAGGAAACCUUUGAAUUUGCUAGAUGUGUAUCAGAUAGCAUUCGAUUACUGCAACGAUAAGUCAGUCGAAAGAAAAUCAAUUGACGCGUUUGAUGCCAUUAAAUCAGAACCGCUUGUAGAAACAUUAUUCCUUCAAUCUCUUUUACCAAGCGUAAAUUCCGAACCGCGUGUCAAUGAGCCGAUACACUUUGAAGGAAAAGAAAAUAUUAAAGUUACUGAACUAAAAGCAAGCGAAAGAUCACACACGGAAACGUCUGAUUUUGCGAGAAAAUUACAGCAGAACACCUCGAUUUAUAACAAAGAAAAUUACACAGUAAAUAUGGCUACAGUAUUGCAAGAGGGUGAAAUUCCAAAAGAACAGCAGGAAGAAGUCGAAGAAAAAGCAGAGGAAAAAGUAGAGGAAGAAAAAGGGGAAGAAAAAGAGGAAGAAAAAGAGGAAGAAAAAAAGGAAGAAAAAGAGAAAGAAAAAGAGGAUGUUGCUGGAGCACUUGAAGAAAGCAAAGAUAUCAAAGAUGAAGACUCGCAAAAAAAGCUACCCUCUUCUGUCGUAUCUGAUAUACUAGACUUGAUGGAUAUUAAUAUAAACAAUACUCGGCUAAAAGUUGAAAUCGAACGACUGCAGCGCGAAAUUGAUCAUUUAAAAACGAAACAUGAUCAACCAGGAGUGGAUGCGCAGCUGCAAGCAGAGAAAAAAGCCCUUGAACGGAAAGAAAUCAUAUUCAAAACAUCGACGUCUACAUUUUGUAAAAAAAUGGAAGAGAUUUUAGAUAUACCUUAUGAUGAGUUGUUUGAACGCUAUGCAACAUUUUUUACCAAGAGAAUUGAAGAGGAAGUUGAAGAGGAAGUCGAAUUUCCACAAAUAGAAUAUCCUGAGGAUAAGCUGCCGAGAAUAAUCAUAUGCGGCCGCAAGGAAAAUAUGUUUCCACAAAUUGUGAUAGCGGACAGUAAACAGAUAGAAACAGGGGAACGUUACAAACGUUUAGUUAGCCAGGGAAGGGAGGCUAUGAAGAAAUCACAGAAACUGGUUUUUGAAGAUAUCACACAGGAAUGGUCUAAGUACAAACUAGAAAAAGCUUUGCUAGAGAAGGAUAAAACCAUUGAGAAAUUAGACAGGACUAUAUACAAGCUGAAAGCGGAAAUGCACAUGAUCGUCAGAGAGAAUAAGAAGUUAAGAGAUGAAAUAGCUACUUUGAGUGAGGAUCCUUAUCGUGAAAUCAGUCCUUACCCUAGUCCGCAACGUGAACUUUGGUCUGACGAUCCAACUGGUUCGCCGAGACUUACUGGAGGUGGAUCGGCAACAGACACUCCCAAUCUCGAAUAUAAUAUUCUGCAAAACGUUAAGAUGUGUACGCGAAGUGUUAUUCUUACAAAAGCAUCGCUUCCUCAAGAAACAUGUUCCUUGGAACAGCAAUUAGGAAGUAUGGAGAGUGAUGUCCGCAACAUGCAGAUGCAAUUGGCGAAUGUGAGACGAGAGCAGCAGCAACUGAAGCAACAACGUAAUUUACUCAAAUGUACAGGACCUUGUGCAUCGUGUGCCUGUUCUCCUCUGCCUGCGACGUGCGUGACAGUCUCAGCGUUAAAGUCUAUUUCGUCGAAAGGAUCUACUAUACCUGCGGUGUCUCCUACCAAAAUGAUUGCGCAAGCUGUAUCCCCAAAAUGCACUAGUCCUUGCACGAACAUACCUAUGGGUACCAGCACUUGCGCUCAACAACAAUUACGCGACCUUCGCGAACAAUACGCUCGACUGCAGGAAGAUUAUAAAAAUAAGUUGUACGAGGUAUCAUGCAUGAGAACUGACGCGGAGAAAAUGAAGCAGGAUUUGCGCGAUGCAAAAGAGGAGAAAGAACGGGUAGAGAUAAAGAUGAUAGACGUUCAAGAGCGAUUGAGGUUCUUAGAAGAGGAAAGGGGAAAUUUCGAAGGUCAUAAAGAACAACUCGUCGAACAGGAACAGGCUUUAAUAGUGGCGAAACAACGAGUGAGAGAAACGCAAGAUGAGCUAGAGGAAUUUCGCUCUACUACUCAAGAUCUAUCCGUUCAACUGGAGGAUUAUCGCAAUAAAUAUUUGCAAGCCCAGCAAUACGUUGAAGAACAACGAAGGCAAAUGGAUCUUAUGGAAAUGGAUAACGCGCGAAUGAACGAAAAUGUUACUUUGGAAAUCGGACGUGUUAAAAAUCAAUUCCAAGAAAAAUUAGCCGAGCUUGCGCCACUGCCCGAAAUCUUAAAACAAUCGCAAACGAAGUUACAAGAGACGCAGCAAAUACGGUUAAUCGCCGAACGCAAUUGUGAAGAUUUGUCGCGGGAAUUGCAAGGAUACAAAGAUAAACUUCAGAUUCAGCAAAAUGAAGUGGAAGUGUUGCGUGCUCAGUAUCAGACACUUCUGGACGAAAGAGGACAAGGAACCGGUCGAUUCGAAGAGAUAGAAAAAAAGUGUGGCGAACUGCGUAACGAAAACGAGAGAAUGAAAAACACACUGACACGACUCGAGGAACAAAAGGCGCAGCUUCAAAAACGCAUGGAUGAGAAAAUGCAUGAGAACGCGCAGUUGUUGUCACAAUUGGAUCAAGUAAGAGAGGAAUCUGCUCGACAAGUAGCGAGAACGAAAGACCGAUGCGAAAAUAUGCGAUGCUCGAUGCAGCGUCAGAUCGCUGAAAUGGAGAGAGAAUUGGCACAAUGUAGAGCAACGGCGCGGGCCGCACAGCGAGACAGAGACGAAAUUAGACAAAAAAUGCAGGGUCAAAUAAAUAACUUGAACGAGGCCUUUGAACAAGCGCAACGACGCAUAAGAUCUCUGCAAGGUCAUGUGAACUAUCUCAAGACCUCUUACAGUAACAUGUUAAUCGACCAACGAGAGAAGACACCGACCAGUAUUCCUGCGGGAGAUGCUCCAGGCUUAGGAUAUGAUUCCUGCGACUGCAACUAUUAA